AAUUUAUAUUAUUUUAUGUAACAGUAAUUUAUUUCGAUAAGAAAGUGCAUGAAAGCUCUAUAUUGAAUGUAGUCUGUAUUUCUUGUAUAUUGCGAUUCUAAAAUACUUUUCUUCUCACUAUUCGUGUUCAAAUUUAUAAUAAGGGUUAGGAUAAUAGGAUGAAUAUCUUUGUGAUUGUGGAAUGAGGGGGGAGGGGGGUGUCUACGAAGUGGUCCAAAUUCAGGUCGAUUUUUACAGUGCAUUUAUCUCGGCUGGGCCAGGUCCAAAUUGUAGAGGUUAUAUGGAAGCUCGUCUGUCAUCGGAGGAUAAAACGCGUAUUAUAGAGCGCUUGAACCGACGACGCAGCGAAACAGCGGUGGGACUGAGCAAGUUACCACCAGCCGGGGAUAUGUUGAAACUGCGUUGGGUGGAAGAGUUGGCUCGCGAAGCUGAAAGAUGGGCGAACCAAUGUCGGCCUCCAAACUCACCAGAAGAACAAGACUUGUGUCGAGAUUUGUAUUCCAUAACGGUUGGUCAAUGCGUCGCUUCCGUUGUGGGCGAAGCGCCAGGCCUGCGCCCUGAAACAAUGGUUGAUAUGUGGUUCAUGCAGAACAAAUACUACAGAGGAAAUGUCACUUCAUAUUUGCCAUCGGAGGACGGCGCUAAUUCCUAUGACGAUUUUGCCCAAAUGAUUUGGUCUCGGACUUAUAUGGUGGGCUGUGGACGAAGCAGAUUUAUGACGGAUUGGCGGGGACGUCUCCGGACUGUAGAGCGCUUGGUAUGCAACUUUGCGCCUCGCGGCCCUGCAAUCUAUAGACCGCUGUGGAGCCCUUCAGACCCGGCCACCGCGUGCCCUCCUCGCUCUAGACCUGACCCAGCUUUACCAGCACUGUGUAUUUAUCAAAAAAAUAUGAAUGAAUUUAAUGAUGAGAAUAGUGUACUCUCACUCGAAGAUAACUUAUUAUUGGACUCAUUGAAUGAUAUCGAGAGAAAUAAAUCGCUAGAUUAUAUCGGAAGCUUGGAUGAAAUUUAUUUGACGAAACUCGCUAUAAUGACCAUGACAAAUAACGAUUCUCCAGUAUCGUCUCUUCAUUCAGUAGAAAAAAGACAUCAUAAUAUGUUAGAAUAUAACAAUAGUUCCGUUCCAAGUAAGGGAUUGGAUAACAAUACAUCAAGUAUACGGAUAGUAAAGAAAAAGGUGUAUUUCGUUGGCCGUCCGAAGACUUACAAGGUGGAAGACUUAAAUGAUUUGAAUGAUGUAAUAAAUGAGAAUAGAAUAGAAGUAACUACCAGAGAUAUAUAUGACUACUAUGAGUAUAAGGAAUUAGAUGAUUUGGUAGAAACAACUCAGAGUACGAUGAAAACAUAUGGAAAUACAGUUGAAGAAACGAAAAUAUAUGAGAGAGACGUUCUUAAUGCCACUGAUAUUAGUGUAUCUGCUAGUCCAAUAACAAGCACAUUGGAAUCAAUAAGCAAUAGUGAAAAUAUAAAUGUUCAAAUUCAUCGAAACAAAACUGGACUCGAGUCUGCGGAACAAGUUGUCGAAGAUAAUUUUAUAGACGAUUAUCUCACAGAUGCUGAAACGGCUCGUCAGCUGCAAGAAGCCUUGGAGCGUAUGGAAAGCAAAUUAGCUACACCUUCAUCUACACCUGGAAAGGUUCGCAGAGAGUUACGUAAUUCAAAUGAAAGAGACGAGGAUUAUAGAGUGGAAACGGAAUCUCCUGUACACGUCGAGAAGAAUAAGACAAUAGAUAGAGGUCCGAUGCUCAGCAUGGUGUUGAAAUAUAUGCCGUACUUGAAAACGUAUGAAAAGACCAUUCUAGGGGAUCCCAGCGCCAGCCGCGCCUCUCUACUAACGCCCUAUUUAACAUUACAUUUUAUUACGCAUCUAUUAUUUUAUUAGACUUUAUUUUACAAUAUUAUCAGAUAUCAAUAGAUAUUUUUCGGUAUAUUUUUAUUAAUAAAUGUAUUAUUCAGGUAA